CUCCCAGCCAGACUGCGAGACAUGUGGCUGAGACUUUCUGAAAGCUGCGCUCCGUUUUUUAGCUCCAACAGUUCCCGGAGAGUGCGAUUCGUCAGCAUUUCAUAGCAGGAGUUUGGACGCUAAAACCAGUCUAGUCGGUGUAAACCAGCAGCAGCAGCGCUUCACGUGGUGAUCAGGACAGCCAGGGGCGGACAUGACUGGAGCUGGAAGUGGCGGCCAGGGCCCCCCUGAAGGGACGGAUGCGGAGGAGGCGGAGAGAUGUCCUAUCUGCCUGGGCGUCUUGGGUGGCGGCGAGCUCGCCAUGCCCGACAGCUGCUGCCACGUCUUCUGCCUCAGGUGUCUCCUCACAUGGGCCGAGUUGCAGAUGGCUCCUUCCUGCCCGGUGGACAGAAGACCAUUCACUAAUGUUUACAGAUGGGACGGGAAUCGCAGCUGUGUGCAGGUUCCUGUGAGGAAAAGAGUGACUCAACCUGAAGCUGAGAGUUGCUGCUGUAGAAACCCUGAACAAAAGAUGUGUCUCAAAAAUAAGCCUACAAGAAGACAGAGACGACAAAAGGUGGAGAGGAUAGUGGACGCCAAAACAAAAGGACUUGUGAGGAAAUGUAACGACGACGACCCCUCCUCACUGAGCAGAAAAAAGGUGAGAGGAACAGAGUGCUGUACUUGGUCACCGUCUCCCUGUGUCUCAUUAACAACAUCCACUCAGGACAUUGCAGAUCCUGUGUGGGUGGCAGAGGACAUACCAUACGACACCGGAUUAAAACCGUGCAAGGCCCAGGCACAAGACUGUCCCUGGCUUUCUCCUGCUGCUCCCAUCCCUGCUGACGGCGCCUCAAGGCAGAAUUUCCAUCCCAGUGGUUGGAACCACAGCCCAUUUUCAUCUCCCUUUACCUCCACUUCGCCGUUUGGCCCCGGUCAUUUUGUGUUUCAAGGUGUUGUCUGCGCCAUCACAUGUCCCAAAGGAGGAGAGAAAAGAGGCGGUCGAGCUUCAACCUCCAAAGCUCCCACCAAAGAGGCCAAGUCUCUACCAUCUCGGCGAUCUGGACGUAACAAAAGCCAGGAAGAGCCUCCUGCAUCCGACCCGUCACCGCCGCAGUCCAGUGCAUCAGACUCCGACUCAUCUACUGGUCAGCCCACCAAGCCGACCAGGGCCUCACAGGCCCCUGCCAAGAGGAAGGGCAAACAGGUAACAAACCGAAAAGCCAGUGGGAAACGGAAAGCCGCACCAAGGAAAAAAAAAUCUCCCGAAGUUGUCAGCAGCCCGGCAGCAAGUGAGGAGGAGGAAGAGGCUGAUGCACAUGAGAGCAUUGAGAAGGAAGAGGAGGAAGAAGAAGACAAACCCGAUCAGGAACAGGACUUGAACAACUCAGAGAAGCAGCAGUCGGAUGCUGAAGGGAGCCUCAAUGAAGACCAGGACGGUUUGAACUCUGCUGAUGAGCUAGGUGGUGCUGAACCCUCGAAUAAUGAUGUGGGACAGGAAAGUGACGAGACUCAGGAACAAUCUAAUGAACAUAACCUAAAACCAGAGGAGGAGGACGGGUCUUGUCCCUCAGACUCUGCUCCUAACAGCCCCGGUUCAUGCUCCGAGGGCGAGCAAAGCAAGAAGGAGGAGGAAGAGCCACCAAGCCCUGCAUCAUCUGAAGGAAGAGACUCUGAGAGUAGGACUUCACCAUCACCCCCUGUCUCUGAGAAUGCUCUGCUGGACAACAUGAAGUCUCCACACUGUGAUGAGCAGGAUGAGCAGGCCGAUGACAUGGACAUUUGUGCAGAGUCCGAAGAAGCCAACAAUGAUGAAUCUUCAAAGGAAGUCAUGGCUGAAUCAUGUGAGAAUUCUCCAGAAGCGGCUGCCCCCUCUGCUGGAGAGUCGGAGGAUAAUUCAGGUGUCCCGGAAUCCAAAGCCUCUGAGGACACAGAUCUAAAAAUGCCUGGAUCAGAAGAGCCUUCAGUAGUUGACAGCGCUGAGGAAGGAACCAAGGAUGACAGUCCAUUCAAGGAUGAUACUAAAGUUGUCCCCAUGGACUGCAGUUCCCCCACGAGUGAGCAUGGCAACAGUCCCAUUUUGGAACAACCGAAGGAAAGUGCUCUCUCACCUGCUGCAGAACCUCCUGCUUCUGCAAGCCAAGUCACCAAGGACGAGAGUGACAAAGACCAACCGGAGAGAGAAAGGAGCCAAGAGAGGAAGAACGGCAAGCAGCGGCGCUCUCGCUUCCACUCCCCAACCUCUACCUGGUCACCUAAGAGGGAAUCCAGGCGGGAAUCAUCCCGGCGCUCACGCUCUAGAGAACGUGAUGGCAGCCCACCCUCGAGCCGCUCGUCCCAUGCUCGCAGCAGAGAAAGAGACAGGGACCGAGAUGGUGAGAGGGACUAUUCUAGGAGGGAACGUAGUCGAGAGAGAAGGAGAAAGCGAUCAAGGAGUCGCUCUCGGUCCAGGUCCCGGUCCCGGUCUAGAUCACGAUCCAGAACAAGAUCAUACAGGCGAGGGCCCAGCCCUGAGCGGCCAGCCUCUAGAGAGCAGUCUCCCCAGAGGAAGGAGCGUAGGGGCGACUGGAGGUCUGCCCAGGGUGCUGGGUCAGGAGGGGAGGGCCGGAGGCACCAAGGAGGCGCUGGGCGCUUAGAAAACGGUGUGCCGACAGAAAGUUCCCCUGAACGCCAGGGCUGGUCGGAAAAUCCUGACUGGGUUACAGAAAAGAGUCGUGGCGAUGCGGACAACAGGAACCGGGACUUUGGCUCACGUUGGGAAGACCGCAACAGUGGCGGAAACAGAGGAGAGUCACGGGGUCGUGGAGGCCGCGGAGGGUUUGAACGCAGCCGGGGCGCAGGGCGGGGCGGCGGCAACCGUAGCUUCUACAACCAGCAGGAUGAAUCUGCAGACAGCCGCUGGCAGCCCAGAAACAACUUCUCAGGUACAGGCAACAUUUCAGGGAAUGACGCAUACAGCCGCUUCAAUGAGAACCGGGGUGGUGGCCGGGGGCGGAAAGACUUGGACUCAGGAGAAUCUAUGCUCGACCGGUCAGGCUGGUCAUCAGCAUCCAGCUGGGCUGUCAGGAGGACACUACCUGCAGACGUUCAGGAUUAUUACUCCAAAAGGGAGAGAGGAGGACCAGGAGGCUGGAACCGACAAGAGGAGGAGCAGCCCGCAGCAGCAGCAGCAACAGAUGCCCCUAAAAGCGAGGCUCCUCCCCAGGCAGUGCCGGGUAACGCUCCGGUGCCUGUGAUGAACGUGAUUCCUCCUCAGCUGAAUGUUCUCCACCAUCACUACCCCAUGCAGGGCCCACGAGGAGCGCUGCCGGUCAGCCUGCAGCCCGCAGCACCGUACGCCAUGCCUCCUCCGGUCCCCGUGCACCUGCACCCUGCCGUACCACUGCUGCAGGUCCCAGCUGUCGGCGCUCAGGGCCUCCCACCCCCGCCCCCUCCGCCUCCACCCAUGCAUCAAGGCGGCCAGACAGCAGCAGCUCAGCCCGAUGGCUAUUCCACCCAGAUGGCCAGUUCAAUGGUGGGUUAUGGGAAACCUGGUCUUCUUCCCACACCAACCAAAGCUGCUGUUGCUGCAGCGAGCCAUGGCCAGUCAGCACCCAGCCAGGUGCUACCAUCCUCUACGACUCAGCCCAGCCAGUACAAGGUUCAGGCUGACAGCUCCAAAAAAGAAAAGAAACAACAGAUCCAAGAGAAAGCUGUAAAUGAAGUGAAGACAGCCAUCAAACCGUAUUACCAAAAGAAGGAAAUCACUAAGGAGGAGUACAAGGAGAUCGUCCGCAAAGCUGUAGAGAAGGUGUGUCACAGCAAGAGUGGUGAGGUGAACUCCAGUAAGGUGGCCAACCUGGUGAAGGCCUACGUGGACAAAUACAAACACGCCCGCAAGAAAUGAACCCCCGCCCUGCUGCUGGCGCGGCGAUGCCCUCACAGACCCAUUCAGCUGCUCAAGUGCAAUUUCCUCUAGCUGGAAUUUGGCCUCCACACUGACAGACAACGGAGAGCCGACAUUUUCUUUUUUGAUAUCUCUACCUUUUAUUGAAUGAAGAUUUUUUUCUAUAGAUUUUCAUAUUUUGUUAGAAAAAGAAUUGCCCAAUCAGAAAUUGUAAUGCAAGAGCCCUUUAUUUUGCAUAGAUCAUGUGACUUGAGAACUACUGUAUGGAGCGCAGGGUGGCGUGGGGUGGGGUGGGACAGUUUGUACUGAAGAUGCAACGCUCAGCCAACGACGCCAGCUCAUGUAGUGGAGAGCCUUCCAUGGCGCCGUCUGGUACGAGGAUUUUUUCCUAAAUGGCAUCCUGAUCUCAUAGCUUAUUAAUUGAAUAUUGUCAAUGUUCUUUUUUAAAUAUUAUAUAAUAUUUCAGAUGAAAGCCUAGUUUAAAAAGCAGUGCAUUGCCUUUAUUAAUCUCUGUGGCCCAAUUAAGGGCUAUAAUCUGAUGAGUGUGAUUGUAAUCAGGGCCCUGAUUGGUUGAGGAGAUGCUAAGAGGGAUGGCCAAUCAACAGUGAGUUUGUAAUGUAAGGCACAGGUCCCGGGGGCAGAUCUUAUGAAAUUAACCCCACCCCCUGCCUGAAUGUGUAUUAAAUGUCAAUGGGUGAACAUGAACUGUGCAAAGUAUCCAGAGAGUAGUGAAAUAAAUUAGCUGCUUCCUGA